GCGUGCGUGCGUGCGUGCGUGUGUGUGUGUGUGUAUACCUAUGUGUACGUGCUUAAGAUAUAUCGCAAAACCUAGGUAUAUACAUGCACACAUAUGCAUAUCUGUAUGUAUAUUAAAAUUGUGACAGUAAUUAAGGCAUACCUUAUUUCAUAACAGUGCUUUCGAGAAUUUCGCAGCUUGUGCACAACCCUUUUAGUGCCGAUGGAGGGUAUUGUCGACGACAGUGCGAAAAGUAUGCAAUGUAUUGUCGACCACGACACGAAUGUUGCGCGGAAGUAUGGAUACGCGGAAGGUCUUCGAUGGAAUACGAUCAGCGCCGCGGAUAUAUUCAAGUCUGUGCUCGCUUACUGGGAAAAGCGCGUGGACGCCGACAAAAGCACGCUCGAACGUUUGCUCGACACUGGCGUCUUGCUGGAACUAAUGAAUUUGUACACAUGAAAAGAGAUGAAUUUUACUCCACGCACGUGUCGGUCAAGUGCAAGUCGUGCCUGGGCAAACUCUAUAUAGUUAAGAGGGACUUGUACAACGCCGUGGUGAUAAAAUGCAGAUUCGUCAGUCUGAGGACGAGGAAUGUCGGCAGUGCUUUCGACAAUUUCGCAGCUUGUGCACGACCCUUUUAGUGCCGAUGGAGGGUAUUGUCGGCGACAGUGCCAAACGUAUACAAAGUAUUGUCGACUGCGACACGAACGUUGCGCGGAAGUACGGAUACGCAGGAGGUCUUCGAUGGAAUGCGAUCAGCACCGCGGAGAUAUUCGAGCCUGUACUCGCUUACUUGGAAAAGCGCGUGGACACCGACAAGAGCACACUCGAGCGUUUGCUCGACACUGGCGUCUUGCUAGAACUAAUGAAUUUUUAAAAAUACCUUAAUGUUAAGGCAACAAUCUAACUUUUAAGUAUGUACCGUACUGUAUUAUUGAGUAACGUGUUCUCCAUCGAAAAAGGAACAAACGACUAACGACUAUUGUAGAAAUAUCCCUCGACUUACUGUCUUUCUGUCUGUGAAUAUGUUUAUUAUAAAUCGAAGAGGUCGAAGAAAAAAUUUUGAAUAGUUGGAAGUAGUUACAGGCUUACUUUCAUCUAGCUAAUAUGAAAAGCAAGUUAUCUCGUUCGGAAAGUAUUCCUGUAACCUGAGGCUCUAGCUGGAUAAUUCUUUCGUAUAUAGUUUUUACUAGCUGAGACUGUGCAGUAGAGAGCUAUUUCACGUGCUGUUGCUUCAAGAUUAAGUUUGAUAUUUUGUAUACACGUUAAGAGACUUCAUACUUCAUCGUGACCCAUGGUCUUCGCAUACACAUACACACCGAGAGAAGUCGCCUCGAACAGUCGGAAUACUUGUUUGAUAUCGACAAUCGCUAAAGAACUAUACGUUUCUAUUCAUUUUGUUUAAGUA